UACCACCUCCGAUGCUUCGACCUCAUUAACUUCCCUUUCUCCUCCGGUCUUAAACUGGCUCUGCUUACACUUUCUAACAUUCUUAUUUAACAAACCAUCUCCCCUUUUCCGCCAUUUUUAACCGACUCAAGCUCACCCCCUUCCUCCCUCUCUCUCUCUCUUAGACCUCCUCUGCCCGCCAUUCCUCCUCCGCAUUCAAAGUACUGUAUACGUAUCCUUAUGAUUAUACUGCACUUCUCCUGACAUACAUCUUGCCCUUGCCUUAUGGCAAAUGCCUCACAUAUUCCUAUUCCCUUUAUCUAGCGCUGGGAACAUGUGACAGUGGAAUGGUGACGUCGAUAUUCAGCGACGCUCUACGGUUUGUGUACAAUUUCAAGCUUGAUGGGAGGGUUACGUUUAGGACAACUGCAUCAAAUGUGUCUUUGUUUUGUCUUAUAAUCGUGAGAAUUCCCUCGAUCCUCUAUUUACUCAAGUGUAUCUGCACUUUUGCAUAUCUCUGUUGAUGGGUACUGUCAUAUAGUUGUUUUUGCACUAAUAUAAAGGAAUUUAAAUUCUAGUUUUCAGAGAGAGUGCAUGUCUCUCUUGGCCAUAUUUUACAGUUGAUGAACGUCUGCUCCAGGACUUUAGCUGUAGGCUACCUGGUAUGAAUGAAUAAUAUCUUAUGCAAACGAAUGCACAUUAUAGUGAAUGUUGAUCUCAGUAUGUCCCUGCACAAGAUGCUCUCCUAGCGCCCCUAUUUUUUUGUGUGCCACUUAGUUGUAUCCUGUGAACAUAUGCCUUAUGCUGCCCCCACUGAAAGAUUAGUUAGUUGUCAGGUAGAUAUUGCUCAAGUCUCCAACAAUGCUGUGGUACGGCCGGCCAUCUGUCGCAGUGUGAAUGGAACUGUCAGUUGGUCCGUCUGUAAACCAGGCUUGACUCAUGACUGAGUACUACGAGGAGGGGGGGCUGCUGUACGAGCACUCGCCUCCCAUGCACAUCAAAGUGGAGUCUCCGGAGGGACCCUUCGGAGGGGGCGUCUCAGAGGACGGCUUUCCCAGGGAGGAUGAGGACUCGGAAGGCAGCUGUGACCAAAGCAGUGGGCUGCCUGGUGGACUCCCCUUCAACGUGGUGGUGGUGCAUCCUAACAUCAUGACCCCUGGCAUGUCCUCAGAUGACCUCCUAUCCAUGGAACAGCACAGAGGUAUGUCCUCUAUGUUGGCAGCAGGGGGUGCAGGAAAGAGGAAGAGUCGUUUUAGCGGUGCAGAGCUGGAGGUGCUGGUUUCUGAGGUGACGCGGUGUGAGGGAGAGCUUUUUGGUCCUGCUGGGAGGCUCCGGCGCAGGGAGAGAGAGAGGAUCUGGGCAGGGAUCCUGGAGCGGGUCAACGCUGUGUCCAGAGUCCCUCGUACCCUCCGCGAGGUCAAGAAGCGCUGGGACGACCUGAAGAGACGCAAUGGAGGCAGGCUGGCAGACGCUAGGCACCGCACUUGUUACCUGCCAUCCAACAGAGGGGCUUCCAUGCUGGGACGGUCAGCUCAGGCAAGCCCCAGGCUUCACCAGGCCAGACAGAAGCAAAGCACCAGAGGGAAGGCCAGUUUCACGUGCUUAACUGAUACAGAACCAGUGGGUGGAGGUGAAGGGUCGGAGAGGGAUGGCUUUGAGAAGGAUGAGGAUAGUGGAGCGCGGGAAGGGGAGGUGGGAGAGGCGGGAGAGGCGGAAUGCGAGGGGGCAGAGAGCAGUAUGGAGGAAAAGCUGGGUUUAGGACUGGGACUGGGGAUAGGACCUCCCCCUAACUCGGAACGCUGGCUGCCUCCCUCUCCCCUCUACAGCGCCCCUUUCCUCAAUGGGACUCCUCAGCCUAGUCCCCAGCCCUCACUAGGGGCCCAGCAGGGACCAUUGGAGGCCCCUCCUCGCGGCUUAUGGCUGGAGGACGAGCUACGCGGCGUGGGGGAGGCAGCUCUGCAGCUGGGGGAUCGGGUGGAGCAGAGUCUUCGGGAGUUUGGGGAGGGAUUCAGAUGUGAUAUGAGAACAUUAGUGGCCUCUCAAGAGGCACUGGCAACCAGCCUACAGCAAAACAAUGUUCUCCUGCAAAGGCUGCUGGGAGUCCUAGAGGCACAGCAGCAGCAACAACCACCACAGCAGCAGCCACAUCAUUCCCAAAAACAACAGCCACAACAAUCAAUAAUGCAGCAACCACAACAGUUACAGCAGCAGCAACCACAGCCUCAACAACCAAUUCAGCAGCAGCAGCCGCAGCAGCAACAACAACAGAUACAACCACAACAGCAACAACUGUUACUACAGCAACCCCAACUGGUGCAGCAGCAGCAACAACAACAGAUACAACCACAACAGCAACAACUGUUACUACAGCAACCCCAACUGGUGCAGCAGCAACAACAGCUACAACUGCUACCACAGCAACCACAGCAGCAACACCCCCAGAGUCCAAUGUCUGAUGUGUAG